AUGGGGGAGUCGGAGGGGGGCCCUGCUCCCUGCGGCGAGUUCAGCUGCUGCAAGUGCGAACUGGUUCUGCCCCUGACCGAAAAGGACACUUCGGACGAUAAGAAGAACAAGACCCAGUGCAAGCUCUGCAAGAGGGCUUACAAGGCGCUCACGCGGCGCUGGCAGAAGAACAAGAAGUUGCAGGCGUGGUGGAACAGCAAGUCCAAGGAUGCACAGAUUGAAUGGUAUCAGACGGCCCGCCGAGAUAAUGUAGACAAGAUUGGCAACCAAGAGCUGAAGCUCGACCUCGAGAUGAUCGAGACUAAGGGCACUGAGUCUCGGAGGCGGGUGCACCACAAGCCUUUCGACCAGUACAAGAAGGACUUGUUCAUGGAAGGGUUCAGCACGCUGAUCGCCCAGCAGAACGAGUUCAGGCGCCGCGCGCAGGACCCGAAGUACAUGGUUCGAAAAAUUGGCGGGGAAUACCACAUCGGGGAGUACAUGGGCGUCGUCGAGGACGACUUGCAUGGGCAGCUUGCCGUGAACAAGGUUCGGUCCACGGCGAAGCAGUUCACCAGCGCCGAAGAGUUGGCUGAGGAGCGGGAGCGGUUGCAGGGGCUCUUCCAGGAAGCGGGGUCUGCCAUUACCGAGACGUCGUCCAGCGUUGGCGUCGGAAGCGUCACUGAGAAUGUGCUGGGCGACAUGCCGCAAUCCUGGAUCGCUGGAUUCAUCGAGGAGGGGGAGGCCAGCUCCAUGCCCGAUAGCUGCCGCAUCUUCGACCUGUUCCACAAGGACCUCGAGUCCAAGAGGGAGCAGGUGGAGCGCGAGCUCGAGGAGGCGUUCGAGGCCGAGAUGUUCGAGGGCCCCCAGAAGUACGUUGACCCCUUGAUCGCCCGCUCCACCUUGUCAGAGGCGAUCGAGAAGGCCAAGGGGAAGGCGUCUUCCUUGCACGACAGCGCCGACGAGCACGAGCGCACGGUGACCAUCGACGAGCUCAAGCAGCGCCUCGGCCUUGGAGAAGCAGCUCUGGAAGGCGACUGGGCCGAACUCGUGAAGCGCAUGGAGGUGGCCAAGAAGGAGUCAGAGAAGGCGAAGGAUGAGUUGAUCACAUCAGGCGACGAGAUGCUUGAGAGUGCGAAGGGGAACCCCGACUUUGAUUUCGCGAAUGCCAAGACCACGCUGAAGCAGUUGGUGGCUGAUUACACUAAGCCAGAGGGCGCCUACCGUCGCUUCAAGAAGACCAUCUCGGACUCUCAGCGCAGCAUCUCGAAGCAGUUGGCCACGGAGCUGCGCACGUCCACUGCAAAGCCGCCGAAGGCCCGCGCCGACUUGGGCACUGGUGGCUCUGGCGGGGCAGAGAGCGCGAAGAGCUUCGCCGAUAUCUUAGGCGCCUACUUCACGUCUGUGCAUGAGUCGCCAGCGGGGUGCACAUCGUCUUUUCAGGAGGCUGAUUGGCAGCGUGGCGCUCUGAUUGUUGGGACCGAGUUCGAGGCGAAGGUGACGCAGGCCGCCGUGUCCCUCACGGCGCUCGGCUACAUCAAGGAGCUCCGUGGGGAUAUUGAUAUGGGCAGCGCCUGCCCGAUGAGCGUUGGUCGGAGCUUCCAACACCUCGUGAAAAAAGACGUCAUGGGCGUGCAGAGUUUCGUUGCCAAGCCCGACUCUGGCCAUGUCGGUAUUUUGCCGUUCGGGUGCAGUGAGAUCAGGGCCAUCACGAACGGACAGGAACUCGUGGUGGGGAUCCCGCACCCUAGUGAUAACGAUCUUGCGAAGUUCGAAGACUCUUUCAAGAAGAUGGGCCCGAUGGCCAUGCAGCAGUACUUGCAGCAGCACGCCUCGUUUGCCAUGGUGGGCAAGGUGAGUAGCAUCAUGGUUCUUCCAGCAGGCUUUGUGUACGUUAUGUUCCGCCCUGUUCUGACCGCGGGAUUUCGGUGGUCGAUUUGGCCUGCAGCUUGGAACGAUGAAUGUAAGCGCAUUCUGAGGUCGGUGUGUGGAGCAAUGGAUGCCCUUCCAGGCCUAGAGGAGACGAAGUUUCGGCAAUGGCGUUCUUUCCUGUAUGAAUGCUUGGAUUUGCAGUCCAUCGUAUCUCAGCAGGCUGGUCCCGCCAAUGGUGGGGUACUCCUGGACGAAGGGCAGCCGGUGGAGGCUGCAGGUGAGCCCGCGGAUGCAGCCGCACCAGCAGCGCCAUCCCAGACCUGUGAGCAGCCAGCGCCAGGUGGGCUAGCGGGGCCAGCAGCCGCAGCACGCGCUCCAACGGGGCCAGCAGCGGCAGCAGCCGAGGCAGCCGCGCCGCCAGUGGACCCCGCAGCCGGCGCGAAGUCCCAGCUGGCCGAGAAGCGCCAGCGCGUGGCGGAGAUUUCUGGGGGGCACGGCGCAGGCGAGGCUCCAACCAAGCGCUCGCGCCAGGCCGCUCCUGCUGCUCCUGCCGUUCGUGGGAAGCUCGUCUUUCCGAGGACGACGCCUGUUGGCGGCGAGAUUGCUGACCAGCUCGAGGCGAAGACCACGAUUAAUUAG